AUGCCUAUAGUGGAUGAACAGCCAAAGAUUAAGCCAGCAUAUGUACAUUUGGCAUCAAAGCCAUUGAUGUCUUUCAAACAUGCAUUUGCUAAAGUUCCGGAUCCCAUGCACCCAUUGUGGCCUCCGCUUGGACUUUCCCAUGUGCGAGGUUCUCAACCAACUUUCAAACCUUGUCACGACAACCAUGAUCAAGGUUCAGACUGCCGGAAAUCAAAAACACCUGCUGUUCGAAUCAGUGAUGAGGAAUGGGUCAUCUCCUCUGCCACCGACUGCCCAGAUGAUAGCGCUGCGGUGCUUAGAGUGCCAGAAAGGCAGCUUGCUAGUGGUCGAGCUUUACAGGUUAUGGUUGCAAAACAAUUAACCAAAACACCCACGGAACAUGUCAGUGGUGGAUCUCGCAAAGAAGCCUCCCAUCCGGCGAUUAUGAAACUAUAUUCUUCACUUGCUACUUCCGUAACUGCUUUCGAUCUUGGAGGCUACGAAUCGAAGCUCUGGGCUCAUAAAUAUGCGCCCGGCUCUGCGCAGCAGGUUCUCUGUGCGACAAAAGAGGCGCUUAUGUUACGAGACUGGCUGAAUCAUCUCAUUGUUUCGAGUGUUGAAACCGGGAGCUCAUCGAAGGAUAAUGAGAAAUCGAAGAGAAAAGAGGAGAAGAAGCGCAAAAGGCGCAAGAAAGCAGACAAGCUGGACGGCUUUGUUGUUGACAGUGAUGACGAAGCCUCGGAAAUGGGUGAAAUCUCAGGCUCUGAUGAUGAAUUAGCCGGGGAUGUGACCAUCUCGACCAAGAAAACGGUUAUUCGCACAGGCGACUUGACAAUCAACGUACGAUCCGGCACUGACCGAACCCGCAUGGCCAACACAAUUCUUGUGAGCGGCCCUCCGGGCUGCGGUAAAACAGCGUCGAUUUACGCUGUGGCCAAAGAGAUGGGGUUUGAAGUGUUCGAAAUCAACUCAGGUAGCCGCCGCAGUGCUAAGGACAUCCUGGACAGGCUUGGAGACAUGACUCAAAAUCACCUUGUCCAUAAUGUGCAUGCCAACAGGGAUUCUGCUAGCAACCAGGUCUCCUCCACGGACUUUCAAGCAAGUGAGGACGCUAAACAAGACAAGCUUAUGGGGUACUUCAAACCUACCAGUAUCGGUCCCUACGAGAAACUUGGUAAGGGCAGGGCGAAAGCUUCGGUGAAGGAAACAGACACAAACCAGGCUCGAAGUCAGAAACAGUCAUUGAUCCUCCUGGAAGAGGUGGACAUCCUCUUUGAAGAAGACAAGCAGUUCUGGACCGGGGUCUUGACCCUCAUUAGUCAAUCUAAACGCCCAAUCAUCAUGACCUGCAACGAUGAGAGCCUCAUCCCUUUUAAUGACAUAUCUUUCCAUGCUAUUUUACGCUAUAGGACUCCUCCGCAGGACCUGGCUGUUGACUACCUUCUUCUAGUGGCGGCAAGCGAAGGCCACUUACUCAGGCGUGAACCGAUCGAAAAGCUCUAUCGAAGCACGAAUAGCGAUCUACGGAAAUCCAUCGUCGAGCUAAACUACUGGUGCCAAAUAGCUGUCGGAAGCGAAAAGUCUGGCCUUGACUGGCUAAUUGACCGAUGGCCCCAAGGCGCAGACCUUGAUGAAAGUGGUGACAAGCUUCGGGUGCUUAGCAAAGAUACUUACCGCGAGUAUAUGGGCUGGUUUAGUCGCGAUAUGCUGAUUAGCGGUGGCUCAUCAGCAACAUCUGAGCUUCAAGAGGAAACUCUAAAUUGGUGGGAUCUCAGCCUGCAAGAUGCCGAUACUACAGAGGAUUCACGACAUCAGUUCUGGGCGUCGCCAAACCCAGGGGCGUCAAGGCUCGAGCUUCUUGAUAGUCUGCGCCACCAGUCUGAGCAUAUGGACUUUAGAAGCGAUCUUGAUCUCUUGGGUACCUCGUGUUCUUUGGAUGCUCGAAAAGAUUCCGUUGACACUUCUAUCCCUCCAAUGCCAGAAAGGCAGAAGCUGAGCUACGUCGAAGGCUAUCAGGUAUUAAGCGCAGAGUGUAUCCCCGAUUAUAGCGCGUUGGCUCCCGAAAUCGGAAGCACCUUUGGGGCUAUCCUCAACAAUUAUUCUCAAAAAUCCCGAAUUUCCGACCCGGAGUCAACGUUGGCAGCUAAGGUAUUGGUAGCUACCCCGAAGCCCAAAACAGUACAUCCAUCAGGAAUCGAGCUUUCUGAGGCGCUAUUACCAGUCAUGAAGCCCGCUUGCACAACUCCCCCGUCCAAUGCAAAUGCAGAGUUAUUGUUUGACCAUAGCCUGCGGCAUUUUGCCGAAGACAUCACUCCGUACGUUCGAGCAAUAGUAGCUUUCGACCUCCGGUUACAGCAGUACCGUUUGGAACUCAGCCGCCUUCUUUCUGGCAACGGGAGGGGCACCAAGCGAGUUCGAACAACCCGAGCCAGUCGGGCUGCACUUGAAGGCGGAAGCAAGUCAGAGACUCGGAAAGAAACGUGGUUUUCACCAACUAUAAACGUCCCUCGGAUUUUAGCUACGGGCCAGAAGGAGUGGCAGGACUUGCUGGUUCAAAACGGCUAUUUUACAGUGCCCGUGGCGGGGGAACAACGGACUCGAGAAAGCAGCGAGCCGCUAUCAGAGAGCGCAAGUGAUAUAGCGUGA